AAAACCCAACGGCUUCGUGCCACACAGAGCAAGAACUACCUUGCCAAAUAUUAACAUAGCAUACCAAGCGAAAGUAGAUCCAGUUAAAAGGAAUCCAGCAGGAACAUGGGCUCCGGCGACGACUGCGCGACAACACAGCUUAUGAAGAUCGCCAAGGUGGACCUUCGCGGGCUGCAGUCCAACACGAUGGCGUGGGCGGAGGCCAGGGCCGCGGUGACCGCGUCCAUGGCGGCUCACGGCUACGUGGUGGUCGUGCACGACGCACUCGACGCGGAGCUCCGGCAUGCCCUGUUCGGCCGUGCCUUGCCGGAGCUCUUCGCGCUCCCGUUCGACACCAAGAAACGCAGCGGUGUCUUCACGAACGGCCCGCAUAGAGGCUAUGACGGGCAGAUCCCGAGUGAGGUCUUGGAGAGCGCCCCCGUCCUGAACCCCGCCGAACCCGGCAACAUCCGAGACUUCGCCGGCCACCUCUGGCCACAGGGCAACCCAGGUUUCUGCUACACGAUUAUGUCAUUUGCCAAGAAGGUGCUGGAACUGGCACAGACGGUGGAGAGGAUGACCCUAGAGGGCCUGGGGGUCCGUGAGGAGAGCAUUGCCUGGCAGCUCUCCUCGCAGUCCCAUACCGUCCGGAUGGUGCUCUAUGGGACGCCACCAGACAAGGAGACCAGCAUCUCCCUGGGGGCACACUCUGACGAUCACAUGACCACGGUGAUCGCGCAGCACGAGGUGGGGGGCCUCGAGGUGCAGGUCAAUGGUGGACAGUGGAUCGCCGUGCCUCCCGAGCCGGGCACCCUCAUCUUUAUUGGUGGCGACCAGUUAAUGCUUGUCACGAACGGGAGGGUGCCAGCGUGCGUGCACCGCGUGAGAGCACCGAGCGGCCGGGAGCGCUUCUCGGUGCUGCUCAGCCGGCGUCGCAAGGGCGACCCCAUGCUGCGCGCCAUGGACGAGCUCGUCGACGAGGACCACCCCCUGAUGUACAACCCCUGCAGGCACGAGGAGUAUAGGGCGUUCCGCUUCUCCGAGGAAGGGCGCAAACAGCGAGAGCACAAUCCACUGAAGGCUUUCUGCGGUGUGGAGAAAGAUGGGUCCAAGGAAUGAACACUCCCUCAAACCGUCCGUUUGAACCAACUAGCCGUAAGACCCUGACCGGGCUAGAAGAACCCAAACCCCAAGUUAAAGAGCUCCACUUCUUGAUAAAACAAAUAGCUAUGAGUUAGGUUACAGGGGGUCCUCACUGGGGUAGCCUAUGAGCACUUUGAGUAUUAUCAAUCAACCAAUAUUGCAUCCCUCUUGAUAGUACAACAUACAUAUACUCAAGAUUAAAUAUAAAUCACUAUUCAACCAUUUGAGCUCUGAAACACUUCAGCUUUGCCAUAAUUUGACUUUAGCAAACUUGGGAUUUCAACAUUGCACAUAUUCUCUUAAGGAAAUCCAUACUUGAGCUAGUGACUUAGAAUUCCGAUCACAUUUGCAAAUCUGUCCAUGGAACCUUAAUUCACUUCAAAAAGUAGUUGAUGCAUUACAUUGCUUCUCUCAAAAGGGUUUAGAUAUGAUACUUCGAAAAUUCCUACAGAUACUAGCCACUUCACCCUAGCAAUUAGCACAUGAUAAGCCAUCGGUUGACCAAAGUUUUUUUAGUAGCUCAUACUAGUCAUCUCGGUUGGUUUCUUCACCAUUUACCUUCACCUCAAUGAGUUAAGCCUUCCACGUCAACAAUGAAUUCCACUUUUCAUUCUCAUAUCUUUAUUUUUUUGUCUUGCUUUGAAAUCAUUAACCUUUGAUCCUUUAGACAAAUAACUAUUCAUCGUGCCAAGCCAUAAUUAGAAAACAUUCUUGAUCAAUGUAUGAACACUGGUUUCUAUAUAUUUUUCUUCACAA